UUUACCGAAUUUCUGGAGAAUAGUCUCAAUAGAACCGUUUUGGAAUACACAUUGAAAUCGUUAACAAGGCCCGGAGAUAAUUUUGGUGCUGUAUUACGAUCAGUUGUUUUGAAAGUGGGUGGUAAAGAUAAUGGUUCUAUCGAAAAUAACAUCCGCAACUUGGUCAUAAAAACACCAGUGACAAAUCCAUUUCUAGCUGAAUUUUUCAAACCAACAGUGACAUUUGUAAAAGAAGUUCACUUUUACUCGGAAAUAAUUCCAGCUUUGGAACAGUUUGAAGAGAUUGCAAAUGUACCAAGGGAAGAGAGAUUAGACGCGUUCAUUCCAUACCUUGGAUCGAGAUUUUCAUUAAACCCUAACGCAGAAUAUGCUGAUUCAGAUGCAAUAUUAUUGCUUGAAAAUGUGAAAUUUAAAGGUUUCAUCAAUGGAGAUAAGCGCAUCGGCUUCAAUACAAAUGAAACAUUGGCGAUCCUUAAAGUUUUGGCAAAAUUUCAUGCAUUGUGUAUUGCAAUGAGACGAUUGGAACCAACAUUAUACAAAAGAAAAAUAGAUCCGUUUAUGAAAUCACUUGACAGAAUGAAAGAAAUCGGCAGUCCAGUAUAUGAAUUUAUUUACAGCGAGAUAAAACUGGUUCUUAAUCUCUCUGCGGAAGCGAUUACUGCAAUUGAGAGCAUCUUUGCGAAGAAUGAGAAAUAUAACAAAACCAUUGCCACUGAUACGCCGUACACGACAGUUGUUCACAACGACUUAUGGAUCAACAAUAUUAUGAUAAGAAAAGAUACUAAUGCGAUAAAAGUGAAAAUUUACGAUUUUCAAUUGUAUUAUUAUGAAUCGUUUGCGUUUGAUUUGACGUUCUUUUUAUUCACAAGUGUUCGCCGAAAUGAUUUGAAAACUAAUUUCACGUUAUUUGUUGAUUAUUAUAUUUCGGAGUUUCGAAAAAUGAUGAACUUUGUAAAAUGUUCAACGGACGAUUAUACACAGGAAAAGAUGUGGCAGGAAUUUCGAGAAAAGGCGAAAUUUUCGUUAUUCCCUUCCAUUCUUGUGGCAAAAACAUCAAAUGCUAAUCAUCACUCAAUGCCAUCGCUUGACAAGUUGAACGAAGAUUCAUUUCCGUUAAAUAAGCCAGCUUCCAAAGCUGCCAUUGAUCUAUGGAAGUUCAUCAUUGAUAUGUUCAUUGAAAAUAAUCUAAAUUAAACAAUUUUUAGAGAUUUGAACAUAAACAAUUGUGACAAUAAUUUGAAGAUAUUAAACGAUUUGUAAUCAAAAUUAUCAAUAACUCAAUAAACCAAUUUAUUUAGACAAAUUA